AUGGUGAGAGUAAAUGCCUACUUGGAGUACCACCCUUACCUGGUCAACUACUCCUUUGUGGAGGCAUACUCCCUCGGUAACCCAGUGGCACCAGUGACCACAUUCCUCGGAAGCCGCUACGCUCCUCCGGGCGACGACUGGGAGGAGAGGAUGAUGGAAUGGGAAAAUGCUCCCGAUGGGUCAUACUACACGUUCCACGAGUACUCGUACGAUGACGAGGGCAAUGUGACGUGGGCGAUGGUGUACUACGAGAAGACGUGGAGGAAGAUCCCCUACAUCACCUUCUCCUCCGGCAACGAAGACAGCACAAUCACCGCCAGCGUCUACUUCGACAAGCACGACAACCUCACCUCUCAGUACCUGCUACGUCUGUUCGAUGUGUCUGACUCUGACAACGAGGACAUCCACCCAAUCUUCAAUGUGACAGUGGACAGGGCCAAUGACUCCAACAUAGCAGAGGUGGAGAUAGGACCAGUAGAGAAGAACACAGAGUAUGUAGUGCAGUACAUCGCCAUAAUCCCAGCUGGCACUGACCCUCCCCGUCAUGUGAUGGUGGGUAUGCAGUACAUCCGAUUGUACAUUAGAGAUGGUUUCUUCAUCAUUCCCGUCAUCUUCCUCGCCCUCGGGCUCCUGGCCGCCAUCCCCAUUCGAAUACACCGGGCUGUGUCCGGAACUAACAAGAGCAAGGCAGGGCGUACUCGCACUCGGAUGAACAGACAGGGCACUGCCGACAACGAGGACAAAGGAGCAGGUGGCAUGUCAGGGGGAGCACGCAAAUGGCACCAGUUCAACGACCUGCCUUCGAACCCAGUCGCCACUCACAAGUUCAAAGACUAUGUUAAGGAGACCAAUGAUAAAGACCUCAAGGCAGAGUACAAGGAGUGCAAAGAUGUGGGCACCAACGCUUCUGUCAGUUUCGCCCACAAGAACCCAAAGGACAACCGCUACUUGAACAUCAUCCCCUACAACCACAGCAGAGUGCCCCUCUACCCCCAGUCGGCUGGCCCCAUGCCCAAGGACCAGGAGGCGCCCCAGUACAUCAAUGCCAGCUACGUGCCAGGCGAGAGGUCUCUAAAGGAAUUCAUCGCCACACAGGGUCCCAAGAAGGACACGACUGUCGCCUUCUGGGCCAUGGUCAUGCAAUCUGACUCCACAUGCAUUGUAUGUCUCACCAAUCUGCAAGAGAAAGACACUGCUGGAAGGAUGAGACCGAAAUGUGUGAAGUACUGGCCAGAUGCGGGGAAGCCACUGAAGCUGACAAAGUAUUUCGUGAUCAAGAACGAGGGAGAAGUGAACAAAGGACCUUAUGUGGUCAGAAACAUCAACUGUAUUCAGAGGGACAAGGAGGUGCACGUGAAAAUGUUCCACUUCACUGCGUGGCCGGACAAGGGAGUGCCGAAGAAAUAUGACGAAUUCGUCACUUUCCUCGAGGACAGUCGGGAACACGGCAAGCAGAGUGACACGCCCAUCAUAGUACACUGCUCCGCUGGAGUCGGCAGAACAGGGUGUUACAUCAUCCUGUAUCGAGUGAAGGACCAGCUGGAUAAGAACCCAGCAGAGAUAGACAUCCAGAGACUGACCUCCGAGUCCAGACACAGCAGGAUGGAGAUGGUGCAGACAUUUCAGCAAUACAAAUGGCUGCAUGCCGUGGUGGCCUUCAUGAUCAAAAAGUACAAAACGAGGGGAAAACCGAGAGGAGCCGAUGGAGACGAGGGAGAGGACGAGGGCCAGGCAGGAGACAAAGACCAGCUGGGAGAAGGGGGAGCGGACAAGGAUGGAGACGACAAGGGAGACAAAAAGAAGGGUAAGAAGGAGAAAAAGAGCAAACUGGGCAAAAAGUCCAAGAAGGGGGGCAAGGGGGACGACAAAGACAAAGACAAAGGGGCUGAGGACGACUUCGGGGAUGGUGCUAGCAAGGAUGGGGAGGACAAGGAAAACAAAGAUGGCUCGGCUGCGCCUGAUGACAGCAAAGCAGGAGACGAAACAGCUGCCGGCGACGAAGAGGGAUCACAAAUGGAAGACGACAAAGACAAAGACAAGGACGAGGAUGAAGAGGACAAAAAGAAGAGCGGCGGCUUUUCCGGGGGCUUCGGGAAGGGCAAGAAGAGUGGGGAGGACGGCGAUGGAAAGGGGGCUGAUGACUUGGAUAAGAAAGACGGAGACGAUGCAGAUGCACCCAAGGACGGCGAGGAUGAUGCAGGAGAUGAUGGUGGACCUCCGAAGGAUGACAUUCCGGAUGACCUGGAUGACGGGACGGAGGGGGCCUCGAUGCCAGAGAGUGACGUCGAAGAUCCGGCCGAGUUCGAGCGAGAGAAAGACGACGACAAAGAGGGUAACGAUGACCUUGACCAGAACACGAUGAUGUCACGUGGCUUCACCCCGGAAGAGGAGGAUCUGAUGGACGAGCAGUCGGCUGACCCGGGAGGGGAAGGGGCAGGGGCCUCGAAUGAGAUCAGCGCCUUCGAGUCCACCACGAAGCCAUCUUUGGGAACAUCGGCUGGAGACAAGAAGAAAAGCAGAAAGAGGACCAAGCCAUCCAAGAUAAAAGAAGAGAAAUAACAGAUCAAACUGCUACAAUUUCUGGCUGGCUGACUGCAGUUUCAUGAAAAAAAUCACCAAGAUG